UAUAGAGCUUCCUUCAAAUACUUGUCAAGACCUAGUUCUUGGCAUAAUGUGCAAACACAACAUCACUUUUGUAUAUCGAGCCUAACGUAUGACACAUAGAUAUCUUUUCGGUAUGUCAUCAAUAACUUGAACCAAUGAUCAAGAGGCGCAAGACAGAUAUAUGAUACUACGGGUGCAGAUAUCUUCGGGUGGCUCCAAGCUAUUUUACACCCGUACAUCCACGAUAUGAAUUCGCAAUAGGAUUGAUAUAUACACGCGUCAACUUGUCCGAGCGAAGCGACAUAAGUUUUCCCUCCAAACAUUCAUGGUCAAUUAGUCAAUAUCUCAUGGACUUGUCUUCAGUUUUGCCUGAAGGCCUGACGUAUACAGCCUUAUGUUUUCGCACCAAUGCUUACCAAUGCAAACCAUUACUAAUAUCGCGUGAAAAACCGCUUACCUUGAAAGUAAAACACAUGUUUCUAUUGCUGGAAAAGGAAUCAAACGUUAUUAUUUUUGGCAUCGAGGUGUAUGUGUAUCUAACUUUUCAUGGAAAGAAAUUGGAACGUCAUGUCUUUAUACUGAAAGCGGAUACAACAGGAUUAGGCAAUCAUCGUAUAUCUAUGGCGUCUGUCACUAAAUGUUUUCUACGAUAUCUUAUAAGUAUCAACCCAAAGGUUUACUUAGAUAAAGCCACAUACAGAUCUUCCAACAACAAUCAUAAUGCUCUUCACAGCAAUGAGUUGUUAUCCACUAUAAAUAUGAUCAUUCAAGAUUUACGAGCAUGGAGUAGAAAACUCAAGCAGAACCCACACUUAAUAACCGAUUUCUUGAGAAAAGAUGAUGAUAAUGGUAUACAUCCUUCUUCUGACCUCCCUGUUAUAAUGCCUGUUUCAAUGAGUUCAAAGAUCUCACUAUUUACUCGAUCUGCUGACGCAUACUUAUUUCCAGAAUCUCAAAACAACAAAGGAAAACACAAUAUCAAUGGCAAUACCUUAUUUAAAUGGUGGAUAUCUAUAUUGAAAGAUACUCUAGAUCAGUCCUGGGUAUGCAAAGUAGACAUUCCAGGAUCAGACCACGUUUCUGUUCGUAAAUUUUUACCCGAAGCUUCCAAUUGGGAUAUUGGAAAUAUCCAUGUGAGUGACCGUUUGAAAGACCGGGCGGUAUACACAAUUCCCUUACUUCCUGACGAUCCUAAAGGCAGGUUUUUGGAACACUUGAUUGUUGAAAACAGAUAUAAGUCUUUGACUACAAAGCAAUUCUGGAAUGAACUAGGGUUUCGACAAGAGUUUCGUUUGGGAAAUGUAGUUGGGAUAAUUGGAUGCUUUAAAGAAUGUGAGUCAUUAGAAGGAACCAUAGAGGACCCUCGAACCUCAUUAUUGCGCCCCAGACAGUACAAGAAGAUAAGGGAAGUGAUUAAGGGUGAAAAUUACAACCAGAUAAACGAUGUUCUGAAUUUGUGGAGCUCUGGAAUUCCUGAACUAGCUGCUAGAUUGAAGCUCUCCUUAAGGUUUGUCUCUAUUUUGGGAACUUUGUCUUCAGUUGAUAAUGUAGAUCACGGCAAAGAAAAUCUAAGAAAAGUUCUGUCUCUCGUGAAUGUUCUUAAUGUCAAAAAGAAGUCGGCACCUGUCAACAAUCUUAACACCUUGGUAAAGAGGAAGAAAACGCAGUAA